GUCAUAUCUAUGUCCCCGCCGGCAGGGUGUGCAAGAGCGCGAUUGUCAAAGUGCGUCCCGUUCGGCUGUUCGACUUUUUCCCGCUCAGAUUGCCUCAACCACAACGAGAACACAAUAUUUUGGAGCCCGAACGUUACUGACGUCACUCUACGUUGAUUUCCAUCCCAUCUUCGUCGACGGUUGAGUGCUCUGACAAGCAAACACACGGAGGCGAGACGGCUAGGAGCUAACGCGGCUAGCGGCAAACCGACGGCCGACCGAAAGCUUGUGCCAAAGUGUCCGCUCACAGCCAUGAGCUGCCCGGUAAAUCUCCAGGCUCUGCCGGCGGAUGUUUUCCAUCAAGUCCUGAGUCCCGACAACGUGAGAGGAAGACCCGCGGGAAGGUCCCUCACGGCGCUCAGCUUCCCCAAAUCCAGAGCAUCUUUGUGGGAUGCUCGCCCGGAUGGACAGAAGCUCUGCCUCCAACUCUGCUCUCGCAGGAUGCCCCGCCUCCUGCUGCAUGAGAAGGCUCUUCGUCUGGCUCAGCGUCAUGUCCGCCAGUGCAGAGCGUCACAUGUUCACUGCUUCUUCCUGGGCUCUGUGGCCGUGGAUGCAGACGAGGAGGGCGUCACCGUGACGCUGGACCGCUUCGAUCCGGGUCGAGAGCAGGCCGGCGCCUCGGGCCGCGUUCCCGUCGCCCCGCUGCCGGGCGGCGUCCUGGUUCCUUGUUUGAUAUCUGGCCAGAGGACCUCCGAAGACACCGUCCGUUCAGAGGCCGACCUCGGGCGCUCCUUCUCUGCGGUGCAGGCUCACGUGAGCGGCCGGCAGCCUCUGGAUCUGUGUCAGCUGAUGAGGGUCAAAGGUCGCGUGAGCUGCCAGCAGCAGGGAGGCGCCGCGCACUUCUCGCUGGGCUGGUCGUCCGUUUGGCCGUCCGUCCGCUUGGACGUCCGGCCGGUCCGCCCCGUCCCCUUCGUGCCCGCGCCGUCGCGCAAGAGCCACACGCCCGGUGGCCGCCGGCGAGGGUUUUUGACGAUGAAUCAGAGCAGACAUUUGCUUCUGCUGAUGGAGUCUGACCCCACAGCCUCCAAACUGCCGCUGGUUGGUGUCUGGCUGAGCGGCGUGACCCGGGUGCGGAACCCUCACGUGUGCGCCUGGUGCCUCCGAUUCCUCUUUGGCUCCGCCCUCCAAGACAGAGUUCUGUCGGACGACGGCGCUUUCCUGCUCGUCAUCUUCCCCUCCGAGCUCACGGCCCCGGACUUCUUCCGGUGUCGACGUUCGGGUUCUGGUCCGCCGGACUGCCGGCUGCUGAGCGCCUCCCGGUGCGUGACGCUGCACCAGCAGGUGGCGCCGGCGGAAGGUCAGACUUUGGAGUUUGAGCUGAGUCCAGAAGGUCACAUGGGACAGGUCCAAGUCUUCCAAGAUGCUCGCACGAGUUCCUUCAGCAGAGGUGGCAGCCACACGGCGGCGGCCAUCUGCGAGCGAGACUCCGGCGUGGAGGUCGACGACGGCUCGCCGCGACCUUCGCCCCGUCCUCACGUUCCCGCUCAGCAGGUCAGUGAGGCUCCUCGAGUUCAGCCGGCGGUUCCGGAGCUUUCUCUGUUGAUCGACGGCAGCUUCUCGUCCGAUCGUGACGCGCGGCCGGACGCCGACUGGGCCCGCUGCCCGGCGCUUCCCCCGGGAAGCGCCGCCCCCGCUCCCCCUCCCCUCCACAGCACCCCCGACUCCCACCCAUCUCGCCGGACCGCCCGUUGCACGCCUGUGGUCCUCAGCCCUCCCCCGCCUGACCCUCCCCCCUCCACCCGGGCCCCGGGCCCCGGGUCACCCCACCGCCCCCCCUCACCCGUGUCCCCUCCCUGGCUGGCGGGAUCGUGUGACACCCACGAGCUCCUCUUCCGGCAAGACCGGCAGCUACGCCUCCUGCAGGUUCAGGUCCAGAAGCUGCUGGAGGCUCAGGCGGGACCGCCACCCUCCAAGGCCAAGACCACCUCCAGCAGUGUCGCCGUGGCAACAGGUGCCAGUCUCCUGUGGGGGUCUCAGACUCUGCCUGCACCUCACCCUCCAGCAUCCUCCCCCCCCUCGCGAGCGCCGCCUCCUCCCCCUUCGGGGCUCUGCCCCGAGGACGGUGGCGUCACAGGCCGGGAGGCUCGCGGCCCCGCCGACAGCCAUCGCAGCGCGGACGGCCAGAAGACGCCAGGCGAGGCGGGGGAUGGCCAGCAGACGCCAGGCGAGGCGGGGGACGGCCAGCAGACGCCAGGCGAGGCGGGGGACGGCCAGCAGACGCCAGGCGAGGCGGGGGACGGCCAGCAGACGCCAGGCGAGGCGGCGGACGGCCAGCAGAGGCCAGGCGAGGCGGCGGACGGCCAGCAGAGGCCAGGCGAGGCGGGGGACGGCCAGCGGACGCUAGGCGAGGCGGGGGACGGCCAGCAGAGGCCAGGAGAGGCGGGGGACGGCCAACGGACGCCAGGCGAGGCGGCGGACGACCAGCGGACGCCAGGCCAGGCGGCGUGCGGCUUCUACGGCCACCUCACGACGAGCGGCAGACGGGAAGCGCGGCAGCCGACGAGGAGCCGCCCGAACGAGCGUCGUGGCGGCCGAGAGACGACGACGACGACGAUGCCACGGGAACGCAGCGUCACCCCCCCGUCGGCAUCCGGCGCAGACGCCAGCGCCCUCUGUCUGCGAUACGUCGACGGCUCGCGAGUCGGCCCCGCCCCCUGGCCGCCGUCGCUUAGCAACAUGUCGCUGGCCACCGGCGCGUACUUGGGGCGACACGGUCUGCGCCGAGGUCUCGGCGCCGCCGGACCCGCCGAUCCCCUCCCGCGGAAUCGGACGACUCGGGAGCCGGGGCCCGAGAUGGCCGUCGACGACGAGGACGCCGCCGGCCCCGUGGGGAACGUUCUGGACCGCACUCGCCUCAGACAGCUGCCCAAACUCUGAUGAACACUGACAAAGUGCUUUUAAUUUGAAAUCCCACUACAGCGCUUUUCAUUUGAAGGGUGUGUUACGCUUAUCUUAAUAAAGUGCUUUUAAUUUGAAA